AUGAAUUCAAGAACGUACUGCGUAAUAUUUUAUGGUAUAUCCUUGCUUGUAUAUGUUGUUAUCUUAUUUUUCUUAAAUAGAUUUGAAAAGCAAACAAUACCAUAUGAACGAAUUAAGGAUAUAAUAAAAAUCAUUAAGCAUGCUAAUAAUAGUAUAGAUAUAAUAAGUAAUAAUAUUCAAGAUGGAAAUACACAAAUAGAACAUCAGAACAAUUUUUUAAUAAAUUUAAAUAUUGUUUCGGGGUGUACAAAUGAUAACAUUGACAUGUUUGAGGAGAUGUUAAAAUCAUAUAUUGAAGAACAAAUAAAAUUAGAAAAUGAUAAAAUUUUAUCCUUAUUUUUAUUAGAAGAAUUAAAUAAAGUACAAGAUAUUUUUACGGUGACUAUAAAUGUAAUUAAUAAGGAUAUGAUUAAAAAAGAUACUAUAGGUGUAUAUUCAAAUAUAUGUGAUAAUUUAUUAAGAAAAAAUAUGAUGAAUGAUAAUAUUAAUAAUAAUUAUUAUUUAUAUAUUAUAGCAAAUGAGAAAAAAAAAAAAAAAAAAGACAACCUAUCAUUCACCCUAUCGACAACGAAUAUAUUAGAAUUGUAUUAUAAUAAAGUUGAGGAAAAUAGUAUAAAUGUUUAUCAACAAUAUAUUUAUAUAACAUGGGAUGUUUUAAAAAAUACAUUUUUAGAUAGGGGACCAAAAAGAAAAAAAAAAAAUUUUAUACCUUUUGUUCCUGAACUUGAUUUAAAUUUCUUUUUGGCUAGUUGUUUAUAUAAUAAAUUAAAUUACAAGAUAGGGAGAAAUACAAGCGGGGGAGUUGAAAUGGGAGGGGUUGUGAAUAAUGUAGAUUUGUGUAACGCAAAGGAUUGUAAUAUUAAACAUAGGGAUGAUAAUAAUUAUAUUAAUAAGGAUGAUAAUGAGGAUAUUAAUAAGGAUGAUAAUAAUUAUAUUAAUAAGGAUGAUAAUAAUUAUAUUAAUAAGGAUGAUAAUAAUUAUAUUAAUAAGGAUGAUAAUAAUUAUAUUAAUAAGGAUGAUAAUAAUUAUAUUAAUAAGGAUGAUAAUAAGAAUAGGAAUAAGGCUAAUAAUAAGUAUAAUAUUCAUAAAAAUCGAGGGAAGACAUAUGACCCCCCAUUCAUUGCUGUAUGGGAUUUUUAUAAAGAUUUUUAUUACCCAUAUAUAAGACCAUUUAUUGAGCGCCUAUUAUAUAUUUAUCAAAUUAAUAUAUACCCCCAAAUAUUAAGUAACAUAAAUAUGUAUGAAAUAUCAGAUAAUAUAAAUUUAUAUAUAGACGAAAAAGAAAAAGGAAAUGGUCGAUUAAUUAUUCUAGAUAAAAUCAGCAAAUUCACAAAUAUUUUUGAUGAAGUCACAUUUGAUAAUGUUCUAUCAAAGCCUACAUAUGAAGUACCUAAAAAUAUAAAUUUUAUGGUUGUUUUUCCUAAUGGAGAUGAAAUAUAUUUUUAUAAUAAUCUGAGUAAAACAAAUAAAAUAGAAACAGCUGUUUCUAUUGCCGAAUGGGGUACCAUAUAUAUAAAUAAUGAAUUUACCCAAUUAAAAGAUAGAAGUAAUUAUUAUAAUAAAAAUAAUUUAGUAAAUAUAUCUAACCAAGCACAUGUGAUCAGUGGAAUUUUUAUUUCUCAUUUCAGAUCUUUAUUAGGAUUAUGCUCAAAUUUUUCAGAUUGUAUAUAUAAUAUUUUUAAUAGUGAUACAUAUAAUAUAAAAUAUAUAGAAACAUUAUCUAGAGAAAUAGAUAGUUACAUUUCUUAUAUUAUAUCUGAGAAAAACAAUUUGUCCUUUUCUUUUUUUUAUCAUAUUCCUUUAAAGAAUAGUAUUUCUAAUUACGAAUUGUUGGCAUUAAUUAGACAAGCAUAUACAUAUCAUAUUAUGGAAACAAUUCAGAAUUUAUAUAAAUUUUUAUCUAUAUCAAAAAUAAGUAUAUAUAUGAAGGUUCCCUAUUACACCUUAACAAUAUUUAAUAAUAUAUUAAAUAAUAUAGAAUGUAGUUUAAUAUAUAUGCAAGGUAGAAUAUGCGGCAUAAACCAUAUUGAUAAAAUAGUUGAAGAAAAAUUUAAAAAAGAAAAUGAUGAUAAAGAAAAGGAUGGAGAGGAAUUAUUUUUUAAAGCAGCACUGGUGUUAGCUCAAUCUGCUUAUCAAGAUUCUCUGCAAUUAUUGGGUGAUGACAAAAUAUCCAUUUAUGACAUAUUGUCUAAAGAUUUUAUGUUGGCAUCUUUUCUUCCUGUCGUAAUCCCUUUUGGUUUGCCAAUAAUUUGUUCCGUAUUCCAGGAACUUAUCAAAUACUUAAAAAAAAGAAAGACCAAAAUCGACUAA